AUGACUAGGACCGAGUCGACAGUGGAUGUGUUGGUAGUCGGAGCAGGUCCCGCAGGCUUGAUUGCCGCCACUUGGAUGGCAAAGUGCGGAAUCAAGACGCGCAUCGUUGAGCAACGUCCAUAUAGACUUCGGCUCGGUGGAGCAGAUGGAAUCAACCCUCGAUCCAUGGAGAUAUUCGAGAGCUUUGGCUUUGUGCAGGAAGUAGCCAGGCUAUGGGAGCCGAUCACAAGCUGGGCAGCCUGGAGUCGAGACGCCAAGGGCAAUUUUGAGAAAAUUCCUCACUCAGACUCUCCCACAUCUUUCCGUACAAAAUAUUCCCCGGGACUCUUGCAGCAAGGCGUCAUCGAGAAAAUUAUGAAGCAUCAUCUCGAGGGCUCUCUUGUUCAGCCCGAGUAUGAAACAGCACCUACAAGCCUCUAUAUCAAGGAAGGCGAGGUGGAUGAUCCAGACGCCCAUCCGUGCGUGCUUACUCUGCGAAACCAGGCGAAGGAGCUCCAUGGCAGUACACACUGGUCCCCCGAGGAGGUCAUUCGAGCCAAAUAUGUGAUUGGUGCCGAUGGAGCCCGGUCCUGGAUGAGGAACCAACUGGGAUUCAGCAUGGAGGGGGCCCAAACUCGAUCUGUGUGGGCUGUGGCCGAUCUUGUCGUCGAAUCGGACUUCCCCGAUAUUCGCACCUGUACAACGGUCAACACUUUCGGAGGGCGAGGGCUCUUUUUCCUCCAUCGCGAGCGCGGCUUGACCCGUUUCUAUGUUCAAUUGAAUCGAGCCGACGAAGAGGGGGUCCCUAAGGAAUCAGUCACCCAGGAUUUGAUCAUCCAAAGAUUGCGACACCUCCUGAGACCGUACAUUAUAACGGUGAAGCAUUGCGAAUGCUAUACGAUUGGUCACCACCUAAGCAGUGGUAUGAGCAAGAACAAUCGUAUAUUCCUUGUUGGGGACGCUGUGCACAAUCACUCUCCCCUCGUCGGCCUGGGAAUGAACGUCAGCAUGCAGGACUCUUACAAUCUCGGAUGGAAGCUUGCUGGUGUUGUGAAGAAAGAACUGAACCCGAAAGUUUUAUCAACUUUCGAAACUGAGCGGCGUCCGGUUGCCGAGACUCUCAUCAGUACCGACCGCUUUCACUUAGGUCUCGUUGACACCAUGUCGACGGAAGGGUCGGAGCCAGCCUGGAUGCAGCAGCGCAGUCUUGAGCUUGAGCCGUUUCUACAGGGCUUCUCAGCCGACUACCAAGACUCCUUCCUGACGGCGACUCCGCAGAAGGCACCGAAAAUACUCGAUUGUGUAGCCCCUGGCAGACGUUUCCCCGAGCUGGCUGUGUCUGAUCAUGUUACUGGAAAGCCUUCCUCGAUACUCUCUCUAUGCCAGACAGACGGUAAAUUCCAUAUUGUCGUUUUUGUGGGCGACAUCACACAGCAAAAAGAGCUAGACAGGUUUAACGGGUUUGGAAUGGCGCUACAAAAGAUUGAGGAGCGCGUUUUGCCUCUUUCAUCUAGAGUAUUGGAUCUCCUUGUGGUUCACCGUGCAAGCAGGUCAGCGGCAGUGCAGGGAGACCUCACCAAAACCUUUUACCCUGCUAAGUGGACAAAGGAGCAAGGCAGUAACCAGAUCUACUGUGAUAUGGACAAAUCUUAUGAGGCUGCUGGAAUGGAGCCGGGAGGGUCAGUUGUGGUUAUCCGUCCGGAUCAACAUGUCGGAUGGUGUGGAGGGCUUGCAGAUGUGCAAAGCCUGGAAGACUACCUGAAUUUUAUUUUCGUACCGUGA